AUGGCGCUCGUGUUCCUGCGCGGUGCCGCGUCGGCGGCUGCGGCUCGGCGCGCGCCCCGCUCAUCCCUGGCAGGUCGCCGACUGCUGCGCCCAGUGCAGAAGCCGCAGCUGUCCACGUGGCCACGGCUGGUCCCGCACCAAGCGCGCGCGCUGCAGUCGCGACUCAGCGCCGAGAGCCGAGCGCGACUCGCGCGCGAUGCCUGGAGCCGCCGCAAUGCCGAGCUCUUGCGCGUGUUCCCCAGAGUGUUGGCCACAUCGCCCACAAUUGAAGACAAGGAGUCGCUGGUGCAGACGCUGCGCCGGCUGCUGCGCGUGGCGCUGCACUUCGCCAAGUUGCUGGGGCUGUCGUUGCCCUUGGCGCUCACGGCGCCCGUGGCCUUCACAGCUGGCGCGGUGCUGCCCCGAGUGGAGGAGCAGUGGUGGGAGCUGGCACUGUGGCUGGCGCAGUUCUCGUCCCCGACCGUGAUGAAGUUCCUGCAGUGGGCGAGCACGCGUCGCGACAUGUUCCCGGCCUCGUUUUGCGACCGGUUCGAGAAGUUCCACGAGCACGCGCCGAUGCAUUCGUGGGAGCAGACAGAGGACGCGCUGAGGAUGGCGUUCGGUGACAAGUGGUGGGAGGUUUUGGAGGUGGACAGCAAGCCCAUUGGCUCGGGAUGCAUUGCGCAGGUGUAUCGAGGCCGCAUUUUGGCGACGAAUGAGGAAGUGGCGGUGAAGGUGAUCCACCCCCACGUGAAGCAAAUGGUGGCACUGGAUCUGCAGCUGCUGCGCGGGCUCGUCGACAUGCUGGAAGUCGUGCCGACGCUCCGGUGGCUGGGUGGGAAGGACAGCGUGACGGAGUUCGCGUCGCUUAUGGAGAGGCAGCUGAAUCUGCGGGCUGAAGGCGAGAAUCUGGCACGGUUCAGCGAACACUUUCGCAACCGCAAGGGCGUUCGCUUCCCCGUGCCGUUGAUGGACUACACGACGGAAAAUGUUUUAGUGGAGAGCUUUGAAGGUGGGCUGCGCUUCAGUGAGAUUUUCGCACAGAUGGAGCCGCCGCGCAGGAAGGCUGUUGCACGUGUUGUGCUCGAAGCGUACCUCCGGAUGGUGUUCCUGGAUAACUUCGCCCACGGAGACCUGCACCCAGGUAAUCUGCUAUUUGAUGAGCAAGGCACGGGCAGAAACACCCGUGUGUCGCGGUCCGAGGCCAUUCGCAAUGCGGGUGUGGUGGUGAUCGACGCCGGUAUCGUGACCAAGCUUGAGCAACAAGAUCUGCGUAAUUUUGUCGAACUCUUCCACGCAGUAGCAACAGGCAACGGAUACAAGGCGGGUGAGCUCAUCGUGGCGAGAAGCAAGGGUAAAGUACUACCCAACGGAGAAGUUGUGCCGGCGAAGUGCAAGGAUCUCGAGUCGUUUUGCACGGGCAUGGAGAGAAUUGUGAACGAAGCGCUGUGUUGGCGGCUUAGUUUGAAGAAGGUGCACGUUGGGGCAUUGCUACGUCAGGUGAUGGAGCUCUGCUGCAAUCACGAGGUGAAACUGGAGGGCAAGUACGCUUCGAUUGUCGUGUCCAUCGCGGUCUUGGAAGCGGUUGGGCGGAAGCUGGACCCGGAUAUCGACAUUCUAGCUGUGGCACUCCCGAUCAUCACGCAGUCGCUGAUAAAGAACGUCUUGAAUUAA